GUCUAGAACCUUGAAAACUUGGGUUCAGGUUUUGAGUCAGAAGCGAAAAUGUGCGUUGGUCUCUUCAGAAUCCCCUGUGGAUGUUUGUUCACAUCAUCAAAUCACUGCGAAGUGAAGAAAUCCAAAACUUGAAUAACUGGGGGAGGGGGUAGGUCAAGAUUGCAACUUGCCAGUGGAGCUGAGCCAGAGACCCAGGACCAGAAUAGCAGGUGCCGCAGGUCAGGACGGUGGUGCGUUAUCAGGAUAAGUGGAAGUCCAGGCCUAGAACACCGAGGAGCUCACGUGGCAAGGAAUGUGGUGAACUGGCAAAACAAGGAGGAAGGAUUGGAACUGUCCAUGGUGCAGCACAUCAAGAAGUGCAUUGGCAUUUUGUAUUUGAAGGCCCAGGGUCUAGGUGACAGAGGUCAGGGUUCUACAGCACUGGCAGAGCUGUGUGGGGGAAGUAUGCACUGUUCCAAUUUUCAUGAGCAAAAUAGUUAUGCAAUUUAAAAUAAUUCAGGUCAAGGAUUGGGCCUGCACCCAAUUACACGUUGCAGGAUUUCUGAGCAAAACUGUCCUUUGUGGGCCUAUCUCACCUUGUCUGCUGAAUAAUGAGGAGUCUGUGGAGCUUCUCAAAGGUGUAUCUUUCCUCUGGCCCACAGAAGGAAAGCCACACUCCCUCCUGAUGAGCCCUGGUAAGGUUGAGAUGAGAGAGAAAAGCAGAGUUCUGCAUUUGCACUUCUGGAAACAUGAGCCAGGAUUCAGAUGCCCAGAUAGAAAGCUUUUAACGCUAACGUCCAUCCUCGUACCACUGUGGCUCCAUAUUUCAAAGGGUAAUGUGCAGUAGACCAAACAAUCCAGAACUUGUAUGCUUCCGCACUGCUUCCGACUGUUACUAUAAGGUUGAGCAAAUAACCAGAACAGUAAGGACCAAUCCAGUAAUAUUUACAUUUCACACACACUAAGAGUAGGAGAAAGACUUCUGUCCCUUCCCAACCUUACGUAGUUAUGAAAGUCUCCUAUGCUUUGUGUAUAUUCUUUGGCAGACCUUUAACAUAUCUGACUUUUCUUCUAGAACCGGAACCCCUUAGUGGCGGUAUACUACACCAACCGAGCCUUGUGUUACCUGAAGAUGCAGCAACACGACAAAGCCUUGGCAGAUUGUAAACAUGCCCUGGAACUAGACAGCCAGUCAGUGAAAGCCCAUUUCUUUCUGGGGCAGUGCCAGAUGGAGAUGGAGAACUACGAUGAAGCCAUUGCUAACUUGCAGAGAGCCUAUAACCUAGCCAAGGAACAGCGACUGAAUUUUGGGGAUGAUAUUCCAAGUGCACUGCGGAUUGCCAAGAAGAAACGCUGGAACAACAUUGAAGAGAAACGGAUCAACCAGGAAAAUGAGUUGCACUCCUAUCUAACCAAACUCAUCAUGGCUGAGAAGGAGAGGGAGCUGGACGAAUGCCAAAGGACACAACAAGAGGAGAACGUGGACGAGAGCCGGAGCCGUGCCCAGCUAUCUAACAUUGAAGCCAAACAUGACAAGUUCCUGGCUGAUAUGGACGAGCUGUUCUCUCAGGUGGAUGAGAAGAGGAAGAAGCGCGACAUCCCCGAUUACCUGUGUGGGAAGAUCAGUUUUGAACUGAUGCGAGAGCCCUGUAUUACCCCCAGUGGGAUCACCUACGACAGGAAAGACAUAGAAGAGCAUCUUCAGCGUGUUGGUCAUUUUGAUCCUGUGACCCGAAGCCCUUUGACCCAAGACCAGCUGAUCCCAAACCUUGCUAUGAAGGAGGUGAUAGAUGCUUUCAUAUCAGAAAACGGCUGGGUAGAAGACUACUGACAGCUGAGCGGGCACAGACCUCUGGAUCCUCACGGCAUCCCCAGCUGUGACAGCAAGGCUCGCUCUGCUAUGGACUGCUCUCGGAGCAUGCUGGGCUGGCACCAUGCCUUACUCACUUUCUCUCUCUCUCUCUCUCUUCUCUGGAUGCCCAGAGGUCCAUUGGCAGUGCUGGACUAGGGUGUAUUAUCAUCUUUUCUCCCACAAACCACAGCUGGGGCAGACUGACUGAGCAGGACCUUGGAGGGUCCUUUCUCGCCUGGUCCUGGUAACCUCCCAGCGUGAUGGACAGAAGCCCGACUGCCUUAGGCCGGCAGGCAGGAGGACCUGGCCCUGGAGGCAAUCCACAGAAGCACUUUUGGAAGAGCAGUGUCCCUCUGUACUAGCCAGCACCACUGCUUUUCAGAACCCACCUCGGAUCCUUGGCUGUACAGAAAACACAGAAACAGCUGCCGACUCCUUUCCCCACAGCAUCAGCCCUGCUCCUGGGGAGAGGCGGGAGCCGUGGCCAGGGCCCAGGCUGUGAUGGGCAAGGAGCUGGCUUGGAAAGGCUCACCUGCGCUCCAUGCUCAGCUGCAUUCCCCACUCCCCUCCCUCUGUACAUAGUUUGUGUUUCUUUCUUCCUACAUCUCCUGUCUGUCUAGCGUAGCUGUCUCCAUGUUUUCCUGUAAAUAGCCACUUGUUGGGGGAGGGAAAUGAAAUAUAUAUUAUAGAGACGUUGCCUGGCGUGUGGGCUCGUGCUGGGACACCCGUGUCCUGUAGCAUGGAUGCUGUGACCCAUGGGAGGCCACUCUCCAGCCCCAGGGGCAGUAGCUCCCUGCUAACCACUUGGAUCAAAGUUCAUACUUGUUUUAAUUAAACCCUUAAAAAAAUUGGCCUCGAGUGUUGUGGUUGUUGAAAGCUGUGAUGCCUGAUUGGCCUGCAGACUGCCUGGCUUCAAGAGCUCGUGUGCCAACGUUAAUAAAUAUCUCAGCAAUAAGUGUCUGAAUAAACAGUCUGAA